UGAACAGGCGUCGUAACUCCCUCGUCUCGCAAGUAAUCCUGGUGUUAAAGCAGAGUGGUGGGGGUAAAACCUACUGUCUGCGUGGCUGCACGCAGACGUGAUAAGGAUGAGUGGGAAGAACGAGGUAUAAAAUGUGAAGGCUGGCCCGCUGGUGAAGGAAUAGUUUGCACGGCGAAUAAUAUUUCGUUGUGAGAAGCUGCGAUGCCAGAACAGGGAACGACAGAUGCUAAGAGGAAGGCGGGCAAUGAGUGCAUGGACUUCGAAGGUGCUAUCAACCAGGCAGGGCAUGGGAAAUUCCACUACUGUCUUCUUCUGGGAUGUGCCUUGUGCUUAGUGUCCACGGUAUGCGAGAUUUAUGGGACGGCAUAUCUUCUACCAGCGGCGCAGUGCGACUUCAACAUGACAGCACAGCAGAAAGGUCUUUUGGGAUCCAUUGCACUCAUAGGUGUGAUAUGCAGCUCGCAGCUCUGGGGUUACCUGGCGGACAGUCUCGGACGAAAGAAAAUAAUAGUUUUCACUCUGGCGAUGGACGCUGUGUGCGGUAUUGCCUCCAGCCUGGCUCCAGACUUCUACUCAUUCCUCAUCGUGCGCUUCUUUGGUGGAUUCUUUAUCUGCGGUGCAGCCACGGUGGUAUACGUCUACAUCGGAGAAUUCCACGCGGAAGCUAACAGAGCGAAAUUUAUCAUUCUACUCAGUGUUGUGGUUUCCUUGUCAAGCAUCUUCCAGCCAGGUGAGAAGAUGUACCGCCCAGAAAGUCAGAUCAGUCCAGUAGGAGUUGUUAGACGCAACAAUCAUGCCGAAAUUCAAAGAAGAACUACCAAUAGGGGAUCGUGGAGUGGAGUUACAAUGAAAAUUGCUGUAGAACAUGUGUUGAGUGGUAAAAUGAGUGUACGAGUUGCAGCAACAUAUUUUAAUGUUCCAAAAAGUUCUGUUCGAUACACUCAGCCUACACAACAGAACCCUGUUUUGUUACUGUUAGAUGGACAUUCUAGCCACAAGAACCUUGCUGUGCUAUGUUAUGCUAGUGAACAUAAUGUCCACAUGAUAAGCACUCCUCCUCACACUACUCACAAACUCCAACUAUUGGACAGAACUUUAAUGAAGCCAUUCAAGAAUGCUUAUGCUGAAAGUUGUGCUCUGUGGAUGCGACAAAAUGCUGGUCUAAGAAUAAAAGAAAAUGAAAUAGCAGGACUGGUUUCAAGUGCAUAUAGGAAGUAUUGUCAUCUUGAUAUUGCAAGCAAUGGGUUUUCUUGCACAGACAUCUAUCAUUUUAACCCUGGAGUUUUCUCUGACCUAGAUUUUAUUCCAUCACUUCUGACAGAAAUUCCUGAAGCACAUGAAGUCGAAAAUACAAGAGCUCCUAGCAAUGAUCCUGUUACUGCUACACAACCAUCUUGCAGUUCAAUCUCUAAUCAGGCAACAGAAACACAUAGUCCUAUUCCAAUGACAGAAACCUCUGAUGAUCCUGUGAAAUCACCCAGAUCAAUCACUUCUAGGCCGAAUGUUGAAGACAACAACCAUCCCUCAACAUCAACGAAUGUUACAAAUGUUUUGAAAACUUUGUCACCUCUUCCAGACGCCAACAAAAGAAGAAGUUCAUGUAGGAAACGAAUAGCUCAGCGAAGUGAAAUUCUAACUUCAAGCCCUUACAAAGAAGCUGUGGUGCUUAAGACACGACCAAAAACCAAAAAAUAUUCUACGAAGAAAACCUAGCAAACUGUCACUUACUGUGGAACAGUCCAAGUCGAAACAGUGUCGGAAGAAAUUGUCAAGGAAAAAAUCUUUACCAGUAACGAAGACAAUGUGCAUAAUCUGCUGUGAAAGUUUUGAAUAAAACUGGAUUCAAUGUUGUACAUGUAAGGGAUGGGCACAUGAGGAAUGUGCUGGAGUUGAUCCUGAUGAUGUAUCCUUUUACUGUGAUUUGUGCUUAAUGAAGAAAUGAUGUGUCCGGGGCUACCCGACGUGUAUCGUUUCUGUGCAACAACAUAAGCACCAUUGUAAUCAUCAUUUUCGUUCAUUAGAAGAUUGUAUGUGUUUGUAUUGGCAAUGUAUGCACAUAUAGUGUUUCAAGCGUAAAACUGACAGAUUAACUUUUUAAAUAUAUAUGAAAUUUUUUCAGAUGUAUGUAAUUAUGCUUAAGUGUCCGGGACUACCCACCUCUCCCUUAAAGAAACAAUCGAAUCUGUUCAAAUUGUUUGUAAAUCUUAUAAAAGUUAUCUAAAACUUUUGUCGAAAACAAUUUUUGAUAAUAUGAGCCAUUACUGCAUGGAGCUGAGAAAAAAAAAUACAAGGGUAGAAUUUUAAAAAUAUCCACAACUAGCUGACUCG